GAUAAGAAUUUGGACGCUGAGAGUUUUCAUUUCUUUGUGAAGUUUUUGGGAUAGGUCUAUAUGCUAUGGCGAAUGAAUAUGGCUGCGUCUGUGAUUUUGAUUUAGAGGAACCAUGUUUCCAUGAGCGAUACUAUUCGCCUCCCAGUGCCAACGGAACGACCCAUUGCUUCUCUCCCUUCAUGUCAUUUCCCGACGGUCUGCUGAGGAACUGUAUCAGCAAAGAUGGACUCCAGGCAACUGGUGAGAAAGGCAACAGAAUAGACGUUAGCAACUUGUUACGAUUUCAGCGUCAGCAAGAUGACCAGGUCUUGAACAUGGCCAAAUUUAUACCAGACCCUCCGCUCCAUAGAAGUGGAGAGAGAAGACGCUCCUCUAUAAACCCUAGUGGGAAAGAAGGAUACUCGAAUCUAGGUUUUUCAGACUCAAUAGAAAGAGAUCCGGAUUACGAUUUAGAUUCGGAUUAUGUCAGUGAGUACAACGCUCAGUCUAGUGCCAGCAGCAACCAUCAGAAAACUCCAGAAUCAAACCAAAGGAGAAGGCAUUCACAAGUCCCCAAGGGCUCGGAUACAGACACGUUACUGAAACCUAAAAAAAGACGAUGGGAUGCCUUCUACGCAAAUCCUGGCGAGGACAUGACGUCAUACUCCGAAACGCAGACGGCGUACACGGCGCAAGUGGUUCUCAAAAUAGCUUUCAUGAUCCUCUCCUUCCUCCUUGUGCUCGCCUCCGCGACACUGUCCAGACUCAGCUUGUUGGCUACUACAUUUUACAUCCGCCCAAAAUUAUCCAACUGGACAAUCGAGUCGUUUUUAAAUGGCAGCUUCAGCCAUGCCAAGAUGUGGCCAGACUCUACGAACGUCACGUGGGUAUGGUCAGCCAUCUUUAUCAUUGUCGCGCCAUAUUUCUUUAUCGUCUGCUCAUCAAUGUUGAAAAUUGUUUUCAAGGUGACAGGAAAGGUCACAGCCGCAGCAUUUUUUGUGGCUUUUGUCCAGGAAAGUGUCCACUCUUUCGGCUUAUGCACUCUUGUGUUCUACAUUCUGCCCAGACAUGAACCUCUGAUGGGCAGUCUGCUUCUCAGCUCAACCGUGGCAGUCCCUUCCCUCUUGAAGGCAGUUCUGAAGCGUAAGCCAGAGGCACCUGAUGCAGACGCAGCCGGGGACAGACAACAUCCUAUCCUUCGAUUUCUCAGGUAGGCUCUGGAAGACAUG